AUUAAUCCUUGGGGAAACGGAUGACAUAACUUCACGAUUCUUCUUUUCUUUUUACUUUUCUUGGUUAACCUCAAAAGAUCUUCCAUCGUAAAAUAAAAUAUUUAUAUUUUUAAGAAACUUAACUAAAGCAAAAUGAAGAUAUUUAGCAGUCUGUUAAUAAUAUCAAGACCAAUCCCCAAAGAACCAGUACCAUUUAAAGAAAUGUUACCCCUUAAAUUAAGGGCUACAGUAUCCGGAAAAGGUGGUAAAUCAUCAGAUGUUUGUUGUAUACACGAAAUGUCGGUUAUGUUUGCUUGUUUCAAGGAAAACGAAUUUAAUCAAGACUUGUGUUCUAAGGAAGUGGAGAAAUUUCAAAUGUGCUACAAAGACAAUUUAAAAACAAGUAAAACGAAAAAGGAGAGAGAAGCGAAAGGUGUUUUGACGCCCGGAGAGAAAAAAUUAUCACAUAAACAGCUGAAUGUACUGCUUAAGAAGUUUCCAAAUGUCAAAUAAUUUUGUUAAUAUUUUAGUUGUAAAUAGAAAUUAAAUUACAA